ACCCCCCAGCGGAUCCGUGUCGCUGUGGACUUGAAUGAGGUGGAGAGACAGCUUCGAGCCAGACAGAUCAAAAGUAGGAGCACCUCCUGUCUGCACAAACCAACACCGUUUCCCAACUCCGGAGGACAGGGGGGAGGACAGAAGGCAGCUGCAACAGAAGACCCCAGUUAGCCACAACCUGUCUACACCAGACACUCUCCCCCGACAUUAGAACCAGCGCUGGAAAGCCGGAGGUGUCUAAUUCGUUUUUUCCUGUCGUCGGUUUUUGUAUUUAAAUGUACAACUUCAUGGGUCUGAAUAGUACAGCAGCAGCAGGAUCUAUCCAGCCCAAUGUCUCCUGCACAUGCAAUUGCAAACGAUCGUCGCUGUUCCAAAGUAUGGAGAUCAGCGUUCCCUUCAUUUUGCACGCAGCGUGCCAGCACAGAAAACCGCAGCAGUAGGGAAUGCUGGCCUCUUCAAGGGGAUUGUGCAGCCCAGCUGGAGUUUGUGCAGAUCAUUAUAAUUGUGCUGGUGAUGAUGGUGAUGGUAGUGGUGAUUACAUGCCUGCUCAAUCACUACAAGCUCUCGGCACGGUCCUUCAUCACCCGGCACAGCCAGGUCCGCCGGCGAGACGAGACCCUGUCCUCGGAAGGAAGUCUGUGGCCUUCUUCGGACAGCUCUGUGCCAACGAACGUAAUGACAGAGCAGCAGAUGUACACUCCACGCCCCGCUGACAGGCUGGCAGUGCCAUCAUACCUGCAGAGGGACAGAUUCAACCGCUUCCAGCCCACCUACCCCUACCUGCAGCACGAGAUCGACCUGCCCCCCACCAUCUCCUUGUCGGACGGGGAGGAGCCGCCUCCCUACCAGGGGCCCUGCACCCUGCAGCUGCGGGACUCUGAGCAGCAGCUGGAGCUGAACCGAGAGUCUGUCCGCGCCCCGCCCAACCGCACCGUCUUCGACAGUGACUUGAUCGACACCUCACUGUACGGGGGACCCUGCCCCCCCAGCAACAACUCGGGCAUCAGUGCCACCUGCUACAGCAGCCAGGGCCGGAUGGAGGGGCCGCCGCCCACAUACAACGAGGUCAUCGGGCACUACCAACCCGGCUCCACGCUUUACCAUCACCAUAGCAACCACCCUGGGACGCCUCCCCUCCUGCGCAGCAACAGACUCAACCAAUCACAGCUCAGUGGCCUUGAGAGCACGAACGCACGUAAUCAAGAGAAGCAGAAAGGGCACCCUGUCUGAAACCACAGCAACAGACUCCUUAAACACUGUCUGUGCACUUCAUUUAAAUAAAGGGGCGGAGUCCCGGGCCCAGGCUCCACCCCUGUUGUAAAAAGUAAAUAUUUCCUUGUUCUGUGUUGUCCGCGUGCUCACAGCUUUGCAAGUUGUUUUUUGUUUUGUUUUUUAUGUAUUGAGGAAUUCAAAAUAUUUUUUUUUAAUUAUUAUUAUUUGAGCAGUGUGUGUGUGUGUGUGUGUGUGUGUGUGUGAGUGCUUUUCGUCUUUUAAUUCACUUUUGAAGAAACGUUUGCACAAUCCGAAGUUUAUUUAAAGAUCUGCAAUAUGUAUCAUAAGAGAAACGUAUGUGAGGGCAGGGGGUAUUUUUGUAAAAAAUGAAUAUAAAGAAAAAACUAGUUGUUGGUUUUUGUUUUGUUUGAUAUCUAGUUCAGUGGCAGUUUUUUGAGUGCCAACUCAAAGAUGUGUUUAACGUUGCGUUAAAAAAGCACGAAUCCAGAGUUAUUUAUAUAAAUGUUAAAAUCUUGCACUAUUUUUUAAUGUAAAUUGGAAGCAGAUGCUUGCUCCAGUGAAAGACCUCUGUUGUGUGUGUGUGUGUGUGUGUGUGUGUGUGUGCGCGCGCUGGGCAAAAGAUCGCUUUGCCAAUGAAAUUCCAGCAGAAUCCACAAGAGAAAGUCGAGAGGCAUGUGAAAGAUUUAGAGGAGAAAAGGGGCAAACAGCAAAAACUUUACAGCUGAAAUUUCCAGCUCGACUCAAAGUAACAGCAAAUCUUAUUGGGCUCGAAGUGUGGUCCGAUCACACUGGCUCUGAUUCUCUUUCCAACAGCCUUCCCAACUUCUGAACUGCACUGCCCAUUUAGGAUGACAGGGGGCAGUGUGGCUCAAGUACAUUAAAGCAACAGAGAGGAACGGUCUGUCUAUAUUGUUGCUGAAAAACCAGAUGAGUAAAAAUGUCACUAUAGUACUCAUUAUAAAUGAUAUUAAGAAGAAAAGAUGUGACUGGAGUCCAACUGUAGGUGCGUCCUGGAUUAUAUAAAAACAUUGGAACCCUUGGCGUAUCAAUUCAAGUCAUCUCAUUAACACCCUAGUAAUGCUGUUUCCAAAUUUGAGCUGCUCUGGAAAUCUUGCUGUAAAAUGCAGGUUCCCUUUGAGGAACUGGUUAUGUCUCAGCACUUUUUAAGUGUCUGUGAAGCAAAGUGUUUAGUCAGUAUUGUGAUCUCUUGAUAGGCAACGGUUCCCUUGUGAGUCAAAGUCCUUAAAAGAAGCCUGUGCUCUGGCGUGUUUGUUUAGCAGUGAAAGAAUGGCAGUGGAAUCCCUUCAUCUUUGUGUUCUUCUCAAUGCUUUAUUCAGUGUGUCGAGGAAUAAUCUCUGUGCUGAGCUGUUGCCAUCCUGUAAAUACUGAAUAAUUUCUUUCAAGUGCAUUAUUUUCUUAUUUAACUCCUUGCUGUCACUGUAGUUUGUUUUAACUGUGACCACAAAGGGAAUGAAGCAUAAUACUGGAUAAACCAAAUUCCUCCCAUGAAAAGCAAUACUGACUAAGCACGGGCAGUCCAGUGUACUCAGUGUUUCCAGAGCCCAGCACAACUUCACUUGUUUUGGUCAGAUGGAACAUUCAUUGCCAUCAAACUGCAUUUCAUCUCGUCUCCGUGUUCUACAUAUCUGUUGCAAUUGGCUACAAUCUGUGUGUCUUGAAGGCAGUGUAUGCACACCUGUAAACCCCAUUAAGAUUAUACCAUCUUAAAGCGGGUAGGGGGAGACCUGUAAUCACAUCCAUGUUGACCAAUACAGGCAUUGCACCGGCAAGGCUGAACUGGCCCUCAUUGACCCCUGUCAGCAGGGAGUUUCUGACUGCACUGAAAGGCUGACUUACCAGAACACAAUAAGCCCAGCUCUGGCAUUUCAGAGGCUGCUUUACAGCAGCAGACAGUAUAAUUAGGGCUAUGCCUCUCUGUUCCAUUAACACAAGUGACAUGUCGUUUCUGCUGCAGCCUUCAUUGUGUAGACCAGUGUGCUGCAUGUCUGGAAAAGAUACAUGUGUUGACAAUAGAGGUAAUUGGGAGAACGUUGCAAUAUACCUACUAUUUGCCUUUUUGAUAAUGGAGUUGUUGUUUAACUUUAGAAGUGUAAGGAGGGUUUGUGUUUCUGGGUGUUUUUUUUUUUUUUUUUUACAGUCCACUAUUUGUGCAAAUCGUUACUUUUUUUUUUUCUUAUAGUUUUACGGUAAGUUUAAAAUCUUAUGAACUAAGUAUGUCUGUGUAUAUGUUUAUGUAUUUACUUUCUUGUUCCCUGAUUUUACUUUUAUUUUUUAUUUUUUAAUGAUUAAAGGACCACAGAUAAGGCACUUAAGCAUUGGAUCAAACCAGAAAAACAAUGAUUUGAACGUGAGCAGAGAGUGGAGAUGGAUGGACUGAAGGGGGAGAGGAAUGGAUGGACUGAAGGAGGAGAGGGAUGGAUGGAUAGACCAAGGAGAGGGAUGGAUGGACUGAAGUUAGGGAUGGAUGGACUGAACGAGGAGAGGGAUGGAUGAAUUGUGAGGAGUUAGGGAUGGAUGGAUGAAUUGUGAGGAGUUAGGGAUGGAUGGAUGGACUGAGUGAGGA